AUGGACGCCGGCCUGCGGGCCUCGCUCCAGGGCAGCUGCCCGCCUCACACGGUGACGCCGCAGAACGAGUCUGGCGACACCAUCGUCCCCAUGAACCUCCUGGCGCCGCACGGGCCCUUCAGGCUCGACAACUCCUUCUACCGAAGCGUGCUCGCAGGGAAGGCCGUCUUGCAGAUCGACCAGGAGCUGGCGUCCGACGGCAUGGCCAGGCUCAUCGCCGCCAAGUUCGCGGUCGGGCCGCGCAAGUUUCGGAAGCAGUUCGCCAGGUCCAUGGUGAAGCUGGAGAGCGUACACGUUCUCACCGGAGAGCAGGGGGAGGUCAGGCUGAACUGUCGAAAGUUGCAGUUGCUUUUUUAG